UUUCCCAGCCCUAGACGCCGAUAGGCAUAUUCCGGCCCCAAUGACUAGAUUCUGACGCCAGUAAGCAUAUUCUGACGCCGGUAAGCAUAUUCCGGCGACAAAUAGCAUAUUCCGGUGACCGACGAGUCGACGACCAGUUUCCGACGACCAAAUUUUUAGGCAGAAAAUAAAAAAAUAUUAUUAUUAUUUUUUUAUUAUUUAAACAUAUUUUCAUAAUGACAAUUAUACCCCUGCUUUGAUUUUACACUAGGUCAACUCAACUAAUAAAAAGUCAACACAUCCCUACCUUCCUAUUGGUGGAAGACUAGUGUUGUCACUAUAACAACACAAGGGGUGUUGUCAUAGUAACCGGUCCCAUGUUCAUAUUACUCUUUUAUCAUUGUUAUAAGAACUGAACUGGAUCAACGGGUAGGCCAAUAGAACCGCCAAACCAGUUACAAUAGCUGUUCGGUCUAUUAUUUGGACGGUUAUUGAUCGAUCAAACGGUUUUUCACGGUUCAACGUAAAAUCAUAUGAGAACCAUCACGGUUUAACUGGGCCACUGGUUCAAUAUUUUAACAAAUUUUUAAAAAAAAUACUUAACAUAAACUAAAGACCAUUGAACUAGAAUUAUUAAUUUUAUUUAUGUUCCUCUUCUCAUUUCCAACCUUGUUGUCGACUUUAAGUGGUCCACUAAUGACUAACACCGUAAUUUUUAACUCGAAUUAAAAAAUGAUUUUCUUUGUGAGAUGAUUUAAAUGAUUUGUUAGAUAUUUGAUGAUAUGAAUUUGAAAUUGUUUAUGAUCAGUGAUAACUUCAUUCUUAAAUUAGUGUCUUAUACAAGUUUUGUACAUUAUAUAUCAUGAACGGUUCUGUCAACAGUUAACCAACGAUUUUGUAGCGGUUAACCACUCAACUCUAAACUACUAAUUUUUCCGGUUUCGCAUCCGCUCCGGUUCUAAAACAGAGUCUUUAAUCGAUUUCUUUCUAUGUUCUAUUCUUACUAAUAAAGAGUUACACUCUAUUUCCCUGACAUUCAGAAAAAGAAACCAUAAUAAGAAUCUAUUAUGAAGGGACGACAAGUUAGAUUCAAAAAACUUCACUCUCUCUCCCCUUUUUUUCAUCUGACCUCUCUAAAGGUUCGCAGUUGAGUGGCCUGCUGUCGGCGCCUCUCCGGCGACCGGCAGCAGCUCUCCGCCCCAAGUUCUAUUUUCCCAGCUUUUUUCCCGCGUUUUCUUUCUUCUUCUGCUAUUUCCAGCCAUUGUGGCUUUGCUUUCAUGCAUGUGUCUUUCCCCCUUUGUGGAUUAAGUUCCUUCCCUUGUCUUGGGUUGAUUUUUGUCCCUCUGUUCUGAUGAUUCAGAUCUGGAGAUGUUGAUCUUUCUAAGUUGCAAGGAGGCUAGAUCUUGUUCAGAUCUGGCUUGUCUUCUCCUUUCCAUUCCAUAGUCUACCUCCCUGCUCUCACCUUGCAGAUCUUGGUGGUUCGGAGUUGCAGCCUUGGGCGACGGAUGCGGAUCUGGAGAGUUUAAAGACAGAAGAUCGUCUCCCCUUUGUUUCCUCACUCGGCCGACCGAUCGUGUGUCUGAGGUCCCAUGGUUUCGAGCGGCGGGAGGCAGACGAGCGAUUGGCUCGGGGUGGUGUUGUUUGAAGACUUGUCUUCAUCUUCCUGCCAUCCGGGUUGGUGGAAACCCCUUCCUCGGUCUGACGGAUGGUCGCGAUGUCCUCGGCGAGUGACGGCGGCGCAUGGAGUCGGCUGUGUGGCGGCGGCGGUUUUCGAUCACGGCGGUGGGGAUCCAGAGGGGGGCAAUGGCGGCUAGAGUUGGGAGCUGGGAGAUUGGUUUUGGUCCAUGACUUUGGGCCCUAUUGUGGUUCCGGGUUUUUGAUGGGCCUUGUUUUCUUUUCAGAUUUUCAGCCCUUGUCUGUUUGUUGUGUGUAUCUUUUCCUUUGGGCCCAGCCCAUUACAUUCUUCAUGAACCACUUUUUUCAAAAAAAAAAAAAAGUCAUCAGUCAAUAUUGUACAUCUACCAUAUUAUGUAUCUGUAGACUGUAUCUGCAAAAUUCCGUCAAAAUGGACCAAAAACUUUCGAACUUUACUAUUCUUAAUCAUGCCUGUAACACAUGAGGGUUAUGGUGAUUACUAGUAAAUUGGAUAUGAAAAAUAAUAUUUAUUAAUUUCCUCUUUUAAUAAAUUAUAUUUUAGGAAGUUACAUAAAUAUACUAACUGUUAUUUUUUCUCUUUUUUGCUCAUUUCCGCAAUAUUCAGUUAGAUCUAUUUCCCUUCUUUUUCGCAAUUUUUUUUCUUGAUUUCGUUCAGGCGAACUAAUACUAGUGCAACAACAAAACAACAAAUCAAUACCAAUCCAUUAAAAACACACUAACAUUGCACAAAAUACGGGUAAAAUUGUACAUGGGCGCUGGGCCGUGCUUGGGUCGGCACGACACGGGCACGCUUCGGGCCCAUUUAUUUCGUGUCGUGCUUGGCACGGCCCAUCAGUUUCCGUGUCGUGUCAUGCAAGCCCAUUUGUUAACUUUGCUAGGCCCGACCCAGGCCCAGGCACGGUUCGAAUCGUGCCUUGUCUAUUCGUGCUUGUGUCAUGCUCGUAUUCGUGUUUAAUGAAAAAGACGAAAACAAAAGAGAUAAUGAAAAAGAAGGUGAAAAUAGGACAGAGGAAGAUAGUAUUAACCUAUAGUGUUUGUGAAAAGUAACAAAUAAGGGGGGAAAGAAAACUGGAAGUAUAGCGAGUGUGAUUUGGCUUUGUUUAAUUCUUUGUCCAUUUUUACUUAUGCUAGUAAUUCCAUAUAUAUCUUUAUGACAUUUCUAACAACAACAAAUAAUUAUUUUUCUCCUUAUGUUUUGUAAUAUUUGAACCUAUAAUUUUUUAUAUUUAUUUUCUAUAAAAUAAAUAUUAUUUUUGUGU